AUGGUGGAGCUUCAUGAGAUUCGGGUGGACCAUGACCAUCUGAUAGGCGACAAGGGGGAGACAGUGGCGGAUGUCCUGAAUAGGCAGGAGUUUUCUAAGGAACGGUUUGUCCCGACACUUGACGAAGACGUACGGGCUGCGUUGCGCUUGCUGGAUAAACCAGAGGAAAUACCCGAAGAGGAUAACCAUGACAGGAGAGAGAGAUUGGCGGAGCUGCUGUCGUCUGACAAGCAGCUGCAGAAGCGGAUUGAGGAGUCGGGCUUCUUGAAGCGGGCAAGCCCGGGCGAAGUGAGCGAUGGAGAUGAGCUUGACGAGGAAUUUUACACACCUGCGAGCCGCGAGCUAGUGGAGGUGCGAAAGUUCCUCGUGGGAUAUUCCCUGGAUUGUGCGGCAAGGAGGCUGGCAGCUCAGCGGGCGAGGCAGGGCCUCGGCGUCAAGGCGUAUCUGCAGCAGAGGCGGGCCGAGGGCAAACGGCUGGCCACGUUCGAGCUGGUGGGCUCCCAACUGGUUGCUGACAAGCAUGUAUCGCAGGUUGCCGUGCAUAGAGAUGGCCAGCAGCUUGCUACCGGCUGCUGGGGGGGUAGCAUUAAGGUGGUGAGUUGCGAGACACUAGGCAUCGCCAAGUCGAUUGAUGCAGCGCACGAAGGCAAAAUAGGCGGGCUCGACUGGCAUCCUGACGGUAAUCACUUGCUUUCCGGUGGUGGAGACAACCUUGUGAAGCUCUGGGAUAUGACUAGUAACUCGUUUGAGGAGCUUCGUGGCCACGCAGGACGCGUAUCUCGAGUGAAGGUACACCCUAGCGGCCGUCUGGCAGCUAGUGCUUCCUUUGACCUUACCUGGAUCUUAUGGGAUCUCGAGCGGAAGGUGGAGUUGCAGCUACAAGAAGGCCAUUCGAAGGCGGUAUAUACAAUUGCAUUUCAGAGCGACGGUGCCCUCCUUGCCAGCGCGGGCCUUGAUGCCGUAUGCGCUAUAUGGGAUCUGAGGUCUGGGGAACCGAUCAUGAAGCUGGAGGGCCAUGCUGGCGCCAUUAGCGGUGUAGACUGGUCUCCGAAUGGAUACCAGCUUGCUACUGCGGGAGCUGACGGCACUGUCCGUGUAUGGGACAUUCGAAACGUUGGCACGGAGAGCGCCCUCCUGGCACACCAGGUUGCAGCCCUCGAUGUGAAGUUUAAGAAGAAUAACGGAACCUUUCUAGUAUCCUGCGGCCACGACAGACUUGUGAAUAUUUUUAAUGCUGACAAUUGGCAGAAGCUGGCGAGUCUUGAAGGGCACACGGACCGUGUCUUCACGGUAGAUAUUACGGAGGACGGAUCUACCAUCUACAGUGGGGGUAAAGAUCGUUCCUUGAAACAAUGGUGCGCGAAAUAG